GACUCACGAGUGUACCAGCGUUGCCGUUUCACCUCGGUACCCAGUGGUUCGGUUCCUCAUCAGAGGAGAACAGGAACUUCCUCCUCUGCGUCUUUGAAGGCGUGCUAAAGAUCUCCAACAACAAGAGGUCCAAGAUGAGGACGAUCCCUGCGGUUCUCCUGCUCCUCAUCCUAGUGGCCGCCGCCGCCGCCUCGUUCCAGGGUCUCACCGUGGCUGCAGACACCAGCGGCGCGGUCCCGGACGGCGUGUGCGACGGCAAGUGCCGGAGCCGGUGCUCGCUGAAGAAGGCCGGGCGGUGCAUGGGCCUGUGCAUGAUGUGCUGCGGCAAGUGCCAGGGCUGCGUGCCGUCGGGCCCGUACGCCAGCAAGGACGAGUGCCCCUGCUACAGGGACAUGAAGUCCCCCAAGACCCAGCGCCCCAAGUGCCCCUAGGAUAUGCAUGAUCCGUCGAUCGAGCUCGCAGGAUUAAUUUCGCUCGCGAUCCUGCACAGAUUGUAAGGUGUUUGUUGGUGUCGUGCUCGUGCGCGGCCGUGCGUCGGAAUCUCCGGAGUUCUUCCGCGUGUGCCGUGUCGUCGUUUAUGGCUUGUAUCCUCGGACGUGCUAGAAUAAUAAACAAUGCUGCCAGAUCUUCGUGUCCUAUGACAUGUUGGAACCAAAUUUCGAA